CGCCGCGGCAGCGUGUCGCGCGACUAAAACGCCACGCCCGCCUUCGAGCAAGGCCUCUGGUCUGCGAGCAGCUCGGCGAUGUGGCGUCGUCUCAAAUAGUACGGCGGUCUACAAGCCUGCUUGUUUAAUCGGGGUGGAGGCAACAUUUUUUAUGCCGGUUAUUGAAUGAGUGCACAAAAAUGUCACGCCUUUUUCGCACAGUAAAUUUGAAUCGCGACCGAUGGGGAUCGGACUCCGAGAACUCCGAGGCUGGGACGGACCGGUCUUCGCUCUCGAGGGAUUCCGCUCGAGUUUUAAGUCAAGCGUCAGCAUCGUCGAAAUUAGCAAAUAUAGCUUGCAGCGAAGGUGAGAAUGCAAGUCGCAGACGAUAUCCACUCAUCAAUGGCUGUCGAAGUGUCAAUAUCUUCGAACGUUUGGAUCGUAUAGAAGAAGGAUCUUACGGCAUUGUCUACCGGGCGCGUGACUUGGACACGCGCGAAGUCGUGGCCUUGAAAAGGGUCAAGCUAAGUCAAGAAGCUUGCUUGGAUGGAUUCCCCAUCACAGCACUACGUGAAACUAAUGUGCUCCUCGCGCUGCAGCACGAGAAUAUCGUGCGUGUGCAGGAGAUGGUUGUUGGCCUCGAGCAUGACAAGGUGUUCAUGGUCAUGGAGCACUUUGACCAUGACUUGAAAUCGUGUGUCGAUUGUCAUGAUGGGCCUUUUUCCCAAGCUGAGGUGAAGUGUUUUGCAAUGCAGCUCCUCGCUGGCAUCCGACAUAUGCAUCAA